AUGAUUUAUACCGCACUCGACGCAGCAGUUCCAGCCAUUCCGGUCUUCGUAACCGCAAGCUGCCUGUUGCUCCUGUUCAAUUCGUUCGGCCGUUGGUACAAGACACGCUCAAUCCCGGUGGUCAACAAGCCCAGCUGCUGGAACUGGAGUUCGAGUGGAGCCAAGCAAAACUAUUUCAUGCGGGGGGAAGAAUUGAUAAAAGAUGGACUUAAGACUGCCAAGUCGUUCCUCCUACAAACAGACUCCGGAAGAAAAUUGAUUUUGUCCCCGGAUUUUGCACAAGAGAUCAAGGGUCACAAAGACCUUGAUUUUCGCAAGUAUGUGCGCGAGGAUAUGCUUUCCCACACACCGGGCCUCGAGCCUUUUCACUACGGGGCCACAGACGACGGACUUGGUCCCGACAUAGUGAAGGCAAAAUUGACUAGCCAGCUCCCCAUGGUGACGGGUCCUCUGUCGGAAGAAGCAAGUCUAACAUUGGAAGAUCUUUGGACAUCUGACGCUGAGUGGCACGACAUCCCUGGCCGGGAAACAUGUCUGGAAAUCAUCGCACGCGUCUCGUCGCGUGUGUUUCUAGGCCCGAAAUUGUGUCGAGAUCCCACAAUACUCAAACUCGAGGUGGACUAUACAGUCAUCUCAAUGACAGCUAUAGACACGUUAAAGAUGUGGCCACGAAUCCUCCGCCCAUUUGUACAUUGGGUUUUACCUCAAUUUCGGCAGGUACGAAAUGCCAUCUACGAGUUCCGCCAAUUGAUGCAACCAGAGCUGGAAAGACGCAAGCAGGAACGGGCAGAAUGUGAAAAAGUCAAGGCUCCGGCACCGAGGUAUAACGACAUGAUUGAGUGGCUUGAAGAGGUUGCACGUGGGCGACCGUAUGAUCAUGUGUACAGCCAGCUCGCAAUGUCGCUAGCAGCGAUCCACACCACCUCGGACCUCUUGACCAAGGCCAUCUACAAUCUUUGCAUCCAUCCGGAGAUUUUACAGCCACUACGAGAAGAGAUUGUUGAAGUCCUUGAGCAGGACGGAUGGAAAAAGACCUCGCUGUCAAAAUUAAAACUGCUUGACAGCUUCCUGAAAGAGACUCAGCGUAUGAACCCUUUGAAUAUUGUUUCAAUGCAGCGCCUGGCAACCAAGGACGUGAGAUUAGCGGAUGGGACGCUGAUUCCCAAGGGCAUGCUCAUGGAGAUUUAUUCGGAACGCAUGUGGAAUUCGGGUGUUCACGCCGAUCCGGAAACAUUCGACCCUUGGCGUUUUCUCAAGAUGCGCCAGCGGCCAGGCCUUGAGAACGUCAGCCAGUUCGUCUCUACCAGCACCGAUCAUAUUGCAUUUGGACACGGCACAUUUUCAUGUCCUGGCCGCUUCUUCGCAUCCAAUGAACUUAAGAUUAUCCUUGUGCACGCAAUCAUGAAGUACGAUCUUACCUUUUCAGAACCUGUGGCGGAACCCAUCAUUCGAUUUGCAAGGAACAGAGUACCGAAUCCCACGGUAAAACUAAGGCUCAGAAGGCGAAAGGCCGAGGUGGAUUUGGACUCGCUACCUGUAUAG